CCUGUACCCAGUCCCCACCUCACCCAAUCUCAAUCAUCCUCAUCAUCAUCUCUCUCUCCUCAUACACACUCCCUGUAUAUGUGACCCUGCCGAUUAGUCCAUCAGUCUCUCUCUCCAUCAUUCCCCUCUCUCUCUCUCUCUCUCUCUCUCUCCCUCCCACACUCCAAAACCCAGCAAACCCAAUCACCCAAAAAACAACACCCCACCGCACCGCACCGAACCAAAAAAUGGUUCGAAUCAGCAACAACCUAGUCGGCCUCCUAAACUUCAUAACCUUCCUCCUCUCCAUCCCCAUCCUCGGCGCCGGCAUCUGGCUCUCCCGCCAGUCCUCCACCGAGUGCGAGAAAUUCCUCCAGGGCCCCGUCAUCGCCCUCGGCAUCUUCCUCAUGGUCGUCUCCCUCGCCGGCCUCGUCGGCGCCUGCUGCCGCGUCUCCUGGCUCCUCUGGUUCUACCUCCUCGUCAUGUUCGUCCUCAUCGUGCUUUUGUUCUGCUUUACCAUCUUCGCGUUCGCGGUCACCAACAAGGGGGCCGGGGAGGUGGUGUCGGGCAAAGGGUAUAAGCAGUACAAGCUCGGGGAUUACUCGAACUGGUUGCAGAAGAGGGUGAAUAGUACUAAGAACUGGAACAAGAUAAGGAGUUGUUUGAUUGAUGGGAAGGUUUGUAAGAGCUUGGUUGAUGAUGGGGUAAGUAAUAAUAUCACUGAGGAUCAGUUUUCUCAGAAGAAGCUUUCCCCCAUUCAGUCUGGUUGCUGCAUUCCCCCAAACGACUGCAGUUUCGCCUACAUUAGCCCUACCAACUGGACUACCCAAAGCAACUCUUCAUUUACUGAUCCAGAUUGCAGCCUGUGGAACAGUGAGUCUGUCCUCUGCUUCAGCUGCGGAUCAUGCAAAGCUGGGGUUCUGGACAACAUCAAGCACGACUGGAAGAAGGUGGCGAUCGUCAACAUCAUUUUCUUGGUCUUCCUAGUCAUCGUUUACUCGAUCGGGUGCUGUGCCUUUAGGAACAACAGAGAAGACAAUUCGUGGAACAAAUACCCUCGUCGGUACCCCUGAACUCAUUCUGAGUUGAUCUGAGCAUAUGUUUGUUUCGAUAGGGGGACGUGAGGGCUUAUGAAUUCAACUGGUUUCUUGUUACCAUUUGCAUUCUAUACUCUAUUUGUUUUGUGUAUAGCUUCUUAUAUCCACACAUUCAGACCUGUUAGCUGAUCGGUUAUUCGGAUAUUCGGAUAUUCUAUGGAGGUUUUGGGUAUGAUAUGAAGUAGUCAUUGUGUUGAUUUUA